CCGUAAAACAUUAUUAAAAUGCGGUGUCGUUUUAUGUACUUUCUUAUGCUUGUUCAGUAUCGUACAGAAUCAGAAGACGGGUGUCGUCGCCUCCAUUUUUUAAAAAAAAUACCAGAACAAUUAAAAUACAUAAUGAAGUGGUCUCUUUAUAAACUAUGCAAUAAAAUAAUCAAAUUAAAACAGGAGACUCAGGUGAAGAAAUCACCUGAUUUCUUGGCGGAAUGCCAAAAUAGUGUGUAAAAAAAAAAGUAAACAAAUACAUAUAUAACAAAUAAUUUUUUUGUUUGUUAAGUGGUGUCAUCAUUCCCUCUGCUCCUUUUUACACUGUGAGUGCCAUUGUUUCUAUAGUCAAACCAGUGUCGCUGUCCACAAGAGAGAGGUAUUGGUAGGACUGAACAAACCUGCAGGUUUGCAGAACUCCAAAAAAUAAAAUAAAAUAAUGUUUCAGGAGGAGAGAGAAGUGUCAGAAAAGCAGAGGAAACUCCCAGACAGCAUGAUGAGGGCUUUGAUGUAAUAUUUGGAAUUAGGGGGCAUUCAAUAAAGUUGAGUAAACACUUGCAACUGAUGUAAAAAGGAUAAGAAAAUACUAUUGGAUAUACAGAUUAUUUUUUUAAAAAAAACAUUUUUAUUGAUUUUCCAAUAAAAACAGCCAAUCAACAUAUCCACAUCAUAAUCGAAUUAAAAACAAGAAACUAAAAUAAAACAAGACCAAAUUGUAGUCCAAAUUGUAAUUAUUAAUUUUUCCGGGCUCCCCAUAGUCUGGAACUCUGAAGCAUUUCUCCAAAUCUUCAUUCUUUCCUCUUCUCGUUUUCACAUUUUCCGCCUUCUGGUCUUAACGCUUUAAAGUUCUCUGUCCCUGGCUAUGUGAUUCUCAAUCAUGUCAAAAAUCAUAUGUCCUUUCAUCCACCGAAUACAGCUUUAUUUGUAAAUAUAUAUUUUUUCAACUGUCUAUUUACCAGAGCAGCUUUUCCUGACUUCAUUCCAAUCCAGGUUUAUCAUUUGAAGUUAAACGACACAGCAACUCCCAAGUUGUUAAAUCACUCCAGUCUGGGCUGUUGUCCAAACCUUUCUUUUGAGAUUUAGUGACGCAGUGUCUUCCACGUUGUUGAGUUGUUGCUAUAGAUUUUUGGGCAGACUGUUUGCAAUAUUGCAAUGUAAAUGAACUGUAUUCCACAGAUAUAAAUCAUUUGGCGAUCGAUCAGCCUUCUCGGAGACCACACCCUCCCCCCGGAUAUAAAGAAUUUGAUAUAAAGGGUAAUAUAGCAAGCAGGGGAAGGAAAUGUGUUAAAAACCAGAAUAAGAAGUUGAGAGAAGGGGGGGGGGAUCUGGGGACUCUUCAGUAUGUGAUUUGAUAUGUUAUUAUAACGAUGGAAUUGUAAAACCUAAUAAAAAAUUAUUUAAAAACAAGCAAACAAUAAAGUUGAAUGGAAGGCUCCAGAGAAACAAAAGGAGGUCCUUUUUUACACAGUUGGCAGAGGACUUUGUGGGUGCCAGAGGAGGACCACAAGGAGACCAUUGGACCCACAGCACCACACUGUCAACCCCUCGAGUAGGCUCACGAUUUUAGGGCAGAAAAACUACCCAGAUAGGACAUCUCGCCAGAUUAUUAGGAACAGCAGUGUUGCACGCAAAAUUCAACGAAGAUGUCUAACAUUAUAGAUGCAGUGCCACUGGCUAUUUAAUACACAGCACAUUUUCUCACCGGGUCUGGUUUCUGGGGUUCACUGAAUGUAUAUAAUAAUAAUAAUAAAGCACUUCUGUCAAAAAUCCCUGUUGGACUACUUGAAUCUCAGUGCCGUCUUGCUCAGAAGUUGAACUGAAGUGUUCCAAGUUGAAUCACCCAUUUGAUUUUUGAAAAUUGAAUAAUUUGGUGGCUUCUUGGUGGCAGAUUCAAUGUGGAUGGAUGGAUGGGAGUUGAAGCCCCACAACAUCUGAACAUAAGAACCCAAGGAGAACUUGCAGGAUCAGGCCAAUGGCCCAUCUAGUCCGCCAUCCUCUUCUCACAGUGGCCCAAUGCUGCAGUGGAAAACCUGCUAUCAGGAUUCAAACACAAGAGGCCUCUGCCCUCCCAUGGCAACUGAAGCAUCACUAGCCAACAUGCUUAGUAGCCAUCGAAAGACCUCUGCCAUGAAUUUGUCCAAUCCUCUUUUAAAGCCAUCCCUGCUUCUUGAGGGAGCAAGUUCCACAGUUCGGCCAUGUGGCGGGCCUACGGUUCCCCAUCUCUGGCGCUGACAUGACCGAUGCGCUGGCAGCUGUGGCAACAGAACAGUUGCCCUUCCAUUGUUUUGCCGCAGAGGUUCUCUGGCCUGCUGUCGCUUCCACGCGCGCUGGUCCGCGCACAGCCACAUGGGACUGGAGGGGAACGCGCAGCCAUGUCGCUACAGAACGAAGUCACGGUGAGCCGCCAUGCGCAGGGCGCAAGGCGACUGUGGGGAGGUUGCGGUUGGAGCUGGAGAGCGCAACCCCCCUUGGGCGCAUAACAGUUGCUGAGCAACAGUUGGGGCUGGGCCUGAGGAACAAGCCUGAGGAGCCGGCGUAGUUUGUGCGCAGGCGAAGGACUUGCGCCUCGGGCGUCCGUGUAUGUGGCAAAGCGAAGGCUUUUCCGAAGGCCCAUGAGGCCCAAAUCCAUGCCAUAAGUGAGAGGUUAGGCCUCGGAUUGAGGCCCUAGGAAGCAUGGGCUUCUCACAGGGCCUUCCCAAGACAUUUUGCAGCCUGAGGCGGAGGACAAGAUGGCGCCCUUCCCCAAGGUUCGCAGACACAGGAGCCACAACCUAUAUGGCGGCCGUUCUCUCGUGAUAAAAAAAUGGGAUAUCCCUCCCAAGUAUCCCUAUUUUCCAGAGACAAUCCCAGAUUUAUAGAAGCCGUAAAUUUUUUGAGCCUGGAAUGUCCCACCUUCCCUUAGGAUGUCCCUAUUUUUAAUCUCUGUUGGAAGCCACAGGGUACAAAUAAUUGAUUAUUAUUAUUAUUAUUAUGUUGGAGGGUCUAGAGCAGUGGUUCCCAACCUUUUUUUUUUUUUUUUGCCAUGCCCCACCUAAGCAUCUCUCAAAUCCUGGUGCCACCCACCACCCCCUGUGACAUAUAAUUUUUAUUAUUCAAAUAGUGAACUCCUAUUCACGUGGAGGAAGCCUAAAAGGCCAUUAACUGUUAAUAACUCGUUCUCGAAUUGCCCCCCCCUUAAUAUGGCCCACGUUGGGAACCGCGGGUCUAGAGUUAUCUGACCCCCUGAGCCAAGCAGAUCAGUAACUAGGCAACCUUCAGAAAACAUCUGAAGGCAGUCCUGUGUAGGGAAGUUUUUAAAAAACGUUUAAUUAUGUUUUAUGUAUGUCGGAGGCCAUCCAGAAUGGCUGGGCCAACCCAGUCAGAUGGGCGGGGUCUAAAUAAUAAAAUGAUGAUGAUGAUGGAGGAAUAGGACAUCCCUAUUUGCGUCGAAGAAAUGUUUUUCUGGGAUCCUUGCAAGGUAUGUACAUGGGGCCAACAACAGCUUCAGAUUUUCCACAGGAAGGAGGCCUGCAGCAAUGGUGAAAAAUAGCUUCCUGGGUGCAUUGAGAGCCACAGUGGGCAGGACACAGAGAACCACAGAGUUGGAAGGGACCCCUGGAGGUCCUCUAGUCCAACCCCCUGCAAUGCAGGAACCUCAACCCGAGCGUCUGUGGCAUGUAUGGAACUGGCCCCACCCUUUGUCUUUGCAGGAGGCCCACGUGUGCAAGUCGCAGGAAGAAUCGAUCCAGUCUGCAGAGGUGCUGAGCGUCAUGCUGGCGUCGAAAGGCGUGCGGGCGCGCUCCAUCCACGAACAGCUUGACGGCUUGUCUCUGUCCACCAUCUACUGCCUGCUGGCCGCUCUGAUGCAGUGCCUGAGCCUAGCCAGCCUCUGCGUGGCCGUUUCCCUGCUCAAGUGGGUGGCCGUGGUUCAAUAUCCGUACACCAGGCAGCCGAAGCGGUGGGUGACGUACAAUUUCGGGGUGCCCGACGUGAUGGAAGUGUACGAGACACAGCAACCCAACGGCACAGACAUUCGUAAGAGGGCCUUCUCCCCCAAACAGCCCCUGCUCCUGCGCCGUUUCAGGGUGGGUGGGGAUUCUGUACCAAGGGGCCCCAAAUCUAGUCCAACCCCCUCUAUCCUAUAUAGAGAUCAAACCUGAAACCUUGGUGUUAUCAGCUAGGUGUAGGUGGGUAUGUUUACAUUGCUUUCAUUUGCUCUUGUGGUUCGCUGUUCAAACUAUUUUAAAAUUAGGAGUUCAACCCCACCCCACCCCUCUAAAAGUAUAUUUAAAUCACUUGCUUUUCAAAAAACUUUUGCAAAAGCUCGGUUUGUUUUGCUGAAGCCUUGUAUUUUUGUCCAUGGUUGUCGUAAAUUAUCGUUACGGCGCUGAGUGAAUAGUGAAUACAAAGUUCUACUCCCUGAAGACCCUGGACUUGCUACUUUCACAAAACAGGCUGAGCAAUUUGCUGAGCAGACGCCAAGGCAUGGACUCUCUCUGAGUCAUUUUCAGAAAAUUAUUAUUAUUAUUAUUAUUAUUCCCCCGUCUUUUCCACUGACAGUGAAGGCCGUUUACAGAUAAAAAUACAGUGGUACCUCGGGUUACAGACACUUCAGUUUAUGCGUUUUCAGGUUGCGGGCCACAGGAAACCCAGAAGUACCGGAAAGGGUUACUUCCGGAUUUCGCCACUUCGCCAGAAGCCCUAAAUCACGUCACGCGCGUGCGCAGACGUGGAGCUGCAGGUUACGAACACUGCAGGUUGCGGACGUGCCUCCGUCACGGAUUACGUCCGCAACCCGAGGUUCUGUGAGAUUUUGACCAACUUCGGCCCAUCUGAAGCUGAUACAGGCUCGUCUUAUCUUGAGCCCAAGCAGAGUAGUCCAUACAGCAGAAGGAUAAGCAGUAUGUGCCACAUUCUUAACUUUAUUUCCACUCUAUGCUGAGAGAAUACAAACAUGCAUCUUGCCUCUGUGAGAGCAGAGAAGCAACUCCUCUCGGAAACAAAGAACACCGAGAGAAACAGUGAAAAACAGGAAACCAGUGUACGUCACAUCCAGUCUCCCAUUCCCGUGGGAAUCCAACAGUAACUCUGACUGUGGAAUGCAAAACAAUGUCUUCUGACUGCAGUUGCUGCUCAGUGAGGGAAAUAGAAACCAACAGGUUCCACUGUAAGAGCAGCUAAAAACACAGAGGGAAAACAACUGAAAAUCAAUUAAACAUUGGUAUAAUUAAAACAGCACAGCACCACCCUUUUCAUUAAAAGCAAUCCGUUCCCAAAAGCCUGUUGAACCAAGAAAUCUUCACCUGCUAGCAAAUGAACAAGGAGGGGGCCAGUUUGACUUCUUUAGGGAGGGAGUUCCAAAGUCUUGCUUCAGGACUUGGUAGGCAGACUGGCAAGGUUUAACAAUUAUUAAUCAAGAUCCUUUAUUAGGCAUAGCAAACCACACAUUAUCAAACAGACACCGUAUACAAAUGGUGCAAAAUACGAACUCAACAUAACAAGGUUUGUCCCAGUCAUAUCUUUGACUCCAGAGAAGAUCAAUUUGCAUAAAUAAUACAAUACAGCACUACCAAAUCCCCGAUCAGUUAAGAACCACUAAUUUUCUUUAUAAUGGCUCAGUCUUUCUACAUGGCCAGCACUCAAAAAUUCAGCCACUAUUAAAGUAAUUUGAUCAUUCCUGUCCGAAAGCAGGUCCUGAACUGCUGGUAGCAUAGAAAUCUGCCUAUUGAGUUGUAAGGCCACUAAUAAUUUUCUUCUGGCAUAAAUGCCAAAAUCACAAGAAAAGAAAAUAUGCUCCAAAGUAUCAGGUUCCUGUUUAUCAAACCAGAGCAUCUCUAGAUAAAAGUGCCAUGGGUACCACAAGCUGGGUUAGUAGCUCUGCUGCCAGUCAGAACAGACAGCCUUGGGGUUAGGUGGAUCCAACAUCCUUUUCUCACAAGAUGUAGCCAACCAGAUGCCUGUGCCAAACUGGCAAGCAGGACCUAAGCACAAGAGCACUUCCCCUUCCUGUAGUUUCCAGCAGCCAGUAGUAUUCUAAAGCAUCGCUGUCUCAACUGUGGAGGCAGAGAAGAGCCAUCCUGGCUAGGAGCCAUCGACAGCCCUCUUGUCCGUGAAUUUGUCACAGUCCUCUUUUAAAGCCUUCUAGGUUGGUGUUCGGGACGCGGGUGGCGCUGUGGGUUAAACCACAGAGCCUAGGACUUGCCGAUCAGAAGGUCGGCGGUUCGAAUCCCCGCAACAGGGUGAGCUCCCGUUGCUCGGUCCCUGCUCCUGCCCACCUAGCAGUUCGACAGCACAUCAAAGUGCAAGUAGAUAAAUAGGUACCACACCGGUGGGAAGGUAAACGGCGUUUCCGUGCGCUGCUCUGGUCCGCCAGAAGCGGCUUAGUCAUGCUGGCCACAUGACCCGGAAGCUGUACGCGGCUCCCUCGGCCAGUAAAGCGAGAUGAGCGUUGCAACCCCAGAGUCGGCCACGACUGGACCUAAUGGUCAGGGGUCCCUUUACCUUUACCUUGGUGUUCACCACUGCCUCCUGUAGCAGUGAGUUCCAUAGUUUAACAGAGAGAUGGCCAUAGCAUGUAGCAGAGCAUCUGAUUUGCAUGCAGAAGGGUGUGGGUUCCGCCCCCAGCAUCUCCAGUUAAAGUUAGGAAAGGCUUUUGUCGGGCCUGAAUGAAACCUUGGAAAGCUACUGCCUCUCAGCCUGGAUAGUUUGGUAGUCUAAUGAUCUGACUCUGUAUCAGGCAACUUCCUGUGUUCCUCAAUAAGCUCACCAAACUACACUUCCCAGGAUUUUUGGGGGGAGGCCUUGGCAGUUUGGGUGAAAAAAUGGUUACAAAUUGAUUCCGUUUUUUGAGCAGAUGCGUUGUGCUUUACAGAGCCUAGGGCUUGCCGAUCAGAAGGUUGGCGGUUUGAAUCCCCACGACGGGGUGAGCUCCCGUUGUUCGGUCCCUGCUCCCGCCAACCUAGCAGUUCGAAAGCACGUCAAAGUGCAAGUAGAUUAAUAGGUACCACUCCAGCGGGAAGGUAAACGGCGUUUCCGUGCACUGCUCUGGUUCGCCAGCAGUGGCUUAGUCAUGCUGGCCACAUGACCCGGAAAAACUGUCUGCGGACAAACGCCAGCUCCCUCGGCCUAUAGAGCGAGGUGAGCGUGCAACCCCAGAGUCGUCCACGACUGGACCUAACUGUCAGGGGUUCCUUUACCUUUACAGUUUGCCAUAUGAAUUUCCCUCUCCUUUCUAUUCCGACAGCGGAAGUUCAUUUCUUUCCCAACACUGCUUUCGUGCCGUGGUUUAUCAGCAUUUGUUUCGUGGGCAUGUUCUUGGGCUUUGCGGCUUUUCUCCUGGAUUUCAUGGAGAUUGAGAUCCUAGGCAAACAUAAAACAGCCGUUGCUACUUCCCUGCACAUUUUGUCAGGUAAUUUGCCAGUUUCUACGUAGAGUUGCCGGUUCUUUUGCAUCUAACACUGAUAAGGGACAGUUUCAACUCAACCCAUAAUUGCAUUGGUAUUAAAAAAAAUGAGCAAGGGAAAUCUUCAGUUUGCAUGCAUAGCUGGCUCACAGAAGAGAGCGGCCCUUGUGUGUUUCGUCCCGACUCGACGUGUUCUGUGGCUCACAGAACAAUAAGUGACUGUUGUGGGGAAUGGAAAACCGAGGUGGAGGAAUGCAAUGGGGAAAUCUGGGAGAGGGCAUGGUUGGCUUGAACCCUGGACAGGAACACCCCACACAGCAAUGUGUUGUUGCAGGUCUUGAUAGUUUUAAUGGUUGUUGUGGAAGAUGCACCAGUGAAUAAGGCACAAGACACAGAAAAUUCCCAAAGAGCCCACAGUCAAAAUCUAGGUGUCAGUGAGAGAACAAAAGUAAUGAGUAUAAAUUUUCUGGGUGUGCCUUGCACAUUUAUCCACAAAGAGAAGGCAGAGUAGAUUUUAAAUUUAAUUUAAACCUGACCCACCCAUAUCUCUCCAAUUGGGCCCUGUGAGGUUACAGUGUGACCGAGAGUAGUUUAAUAAAACUUUGCAUGCCAUACUGGUGGAAUCUACACACAUAUAAAAACCGUUCUGAAAAUGCUUUUUUUAAAAGCGUUUUUAAAAAUACAGUGAGUUUUCCAUAAGUUUUGUCAUCGCCAUCUAGUGUCACAUUGCAUAUUGUACUUAGAACACACUUAAAAUGUUUUAUUUGCAGCUGUAUAGCUGAGUCCAUGGUGAGAAGGGGAUUGUGGGGGAUUUAAUGCAGACAAAUUCAACUAAGCAUAGAUUGCCAAUAGGCAAUGGGGAUAAUAAUGCUGUUGUAUUUGUCUGCAUUAAUUUUCUCACACCCUAAAUGCCAUGGAGCGGGUCUGCCUCACAUUUAUGUCAAUAACUUUGCUGGCUCAGGGUAUCAAUAAUCCCAAGCUGGGCUGAACUUUUGGGGAAGGCUGUAGCUCCACUGUAAAGGGUCUGUCUUCCACACGGUGGCUCCCAGCUUCCUUCCCUGGCAUCUCUAGGUAGGACUGGGAACAACCCUUACCGGAAAUGCUGGAGAGCUGCUGCCAGUCAGUGUUGGCAACACUGCAUCAAAUGGACCAAUGGUGAGAGCCAGUGUGGUGUAGUGGUUAAGAGCGGUAGUCUCGUAAUCUGGGGAACCGAGUUCGAUUCCCCGCUCCUCCACAUGCAGCUGCUGGGUGACCUUGGGCUAGUCACACUUCUCUGAAGUCUCUCAGCCCUGAUCACUCACCUCACAGAGUGUUUGUUGUGGGGGAGGAAGGGAAAGGAGAAUGCUAGCCGCUUUGAGAUUCCUUAGGGUAGUGAUAAAGCGGGAUAUCAGAUCCAAACUCUUCUUUAAAAAAAUAAUUAAAAAAUGGACCAAUGGUCUGACUCUGUAUAAGGCAGCUUCUUGCAGUGAUGGGGGCUGGGGCCUUCUCCAUGGUGGCCCCUGAUUGUGGAACUCACACCCUCUGGAGACAAGGCAAUCCCCCUCCAUAACAGAAGGCAAUAAUAUACCCAUUUUCAUGCAGGCAUUUGGGUGCAACACUCUAGGUGGAAUCUGUUUUCGUUUUAUUGCUGUUGAACUGUUUUAUUGGUUGAUUGGCUUUUAACUGACAUUUAGAUUUUACGUGUUGUUUUAAAUAGUCUUGUGCAUCACCCAGGAUGGGCCACUGGCUUGUUCCUGCAGGGCUCAGGAUAGAUAGUGAAAUAUACUCGGAGUCGCGAGUGGAUUUCAUGCUCUUUAUUCAGCUCAUAGUGGUGAGGAGGAAUAGGAGUUCCCCCGGAAUGUCUGCUUUAUAUACAUUAUUUACAUAAUGGGCCCCACGUGAUUGGCUACUUCCGGGAUUCUCCUGUAGGCCAAUCAGGUUGCGGAUUCACUUCCACCUAGAGCUGGAUUGGGUGGCUCCUGUGGACCAAUCAGACUGCUGCAAUCUGGGUCCUAUUGUUCUAGGACCGAUCAGACUGCUGCAUUUUGGAUCCUAUUCAACUCAGUACAUAACAGAUAGAUAGAUAGAUAGAUAGAUAGAUAGAUAGAUAGAUAGAUAGAUAGAUAAAAUUUAAGCACUGUGCAUGGCUUCCCAGAACCAACAGCUGUCAACAGAUAAGCUCAUAGCUGCCCUGCCUGCCUGUUCCAUCUCUAUGACACAAACAGGAAGAAUUGGACUCUAAUGAGACCUUUCUAAUGGCCUUUCUUUCCCCUCCCCCUGCAGGCAUCUUCCUUGUAAUCCUCAUUGGAAUCUGUUGCUGGUGUUUUGUGACGGUUAACGAACGGAUCUACAGGGAUGAUCUGAUGAACGCCGAGUUGCUCAGUUUCCUAGGAGAGAGUUUUUAUAUCACCCUGCUGUCCCUUGCCUUCGCGAGCUUAGCUAGCACGCUAAGCUUUCUGGCGAUGAAGCUCAGCAGACAAGAAUAGCGUCAGCGCAGCCGAAAACGGCGGAGAGAAGCCCACAACCCUCUGCACAGUCUAAACACCCUGCCAAUGGUCUGGUUCGGAUGCAGCAGUCCCUGGUUCAGAAACCAUGGUUUGUGAAGCCUGAAACAAAGGUGAAAACUAUGAAUUCAACCCUACCCUCAUGUGGAAAGUCCCGGUUUGUUUUAAGUUCCAAAAGGGGAACUCUGGUUUGCUGUUAGUGUACUAGCUAGGAUACUAAGCCAUGGCUGUCAACCAGAGUUGUGUGUAGUGGGGAAUUCUGGUUUAAAGAAAACCUGCCAGAGCAGGAGACGAGGAGCAAGAGAAUCCCAGCUCUUGUACCUAGCUGUUGUUUAUGAAGGUGAGAAGAUUGCAUCCAAGUCUGCCCAUUGUUGUGACCACCAACCAAAUCACACUGCUUUUCAAUAAAGGUUGGCAAAUAAACCUAGGCAAGAAACAA